UUCUAUAGGGAAUAAAUUGUGCAAUAAAUACUGCAUAAUUACUUGAAUAUAAAUUGAGGCCAAAUGCAUGUUAUUGUGGCAAGUAAAACUCCACGACUGUUUUUUUUUUAAGAAAGAAUGCAGAACAUUCCUGCUUGCAACUGAAAAGAACACGAAAUGAAUCAGAAAAAGCCGCCUUUCAAUAAUCAAUUCAACCAUUCAAUGACAGUUCAGUGAGAGUUUUGCGAGCAGCUGAAAUAGGUGUACAUUGACUACAAAUAAUUUGAUAAAUAAACAUUAAUAUUUAUGUAGUUUGGAAUUCGGUUUGAAGUUAGUUGGCAUCGUUUUCCAAUGUUUUGUGUUUUUGUUUUUUGUCUGUUAUUUUUUUUAUGUUUUACUCCCUGGUAAAGUCGAUUGAAACAAACUCAGUUCUUGUUUUUGUAUGGCCAAUGGGCUGCUCAGUACAAGAAAUGUCUUAUCUUGCCAUAACAAAGAAUAGGGCAUUUGAGUCUGCAGAUACAUAUGUCAUAAUACAGUUUUUUAGUAGAUAGUAGAGGAUAUUAUAUUGCAUAAAGAGAAAGAAUUAAGAAAAUAUGGCGACACCCAUAGCAAAAUACUGUGAUGUAUGUCAUGGCAUUUUAGGAAGUAAAUCCUACAGAAUUCUAACCUCUUCCAUGGUCAAUGAAUUUGAUGAAGUCAUGAUAGAGAUUGGAAUGACACCCACACGAGAAAGGACCAAUGCUUGUACCCAGUGCAGCUACAAAAUGAAAAGACUUCAACAGUAUGACCACAUUUUGAAAACAAGGUUGGAUGUGAUUAAAAAGAAAAGAUCGGAAUUGUGUGAAGAUUUGAGACGCAUGCAUGCCGAGAAUAAGAGGAAAACUUUGGAGGAACACAUGAUAACUGUUCAACGACCAAACACCUUUGCACAAUCUCAAGUUAAAGGUUUCCGAUCUAUUUUACCUGCGUCAAAUUCACCCAUUCUGAUGAAGAGUAAUCCUGUGCCUGUUACUGUCAACUUCGAUAAUAAUUUAAAUACUGUACCAAGUUCAUCAUCUGUCAAGCGCAGAAAAUCAGCGAAAAUAUCAAAGGUUAAUAAACCGUUAAUACAUAAUAUUCGACCAGCUCCGGUACCUGUGAAUUUAACCAUACAAAAUGAUUUGGAUUCUUCAAGUUUUGAAAUAUCAGUACCAGUUCCCAAAGGACAACCAAAUUUAGAAAGUGGCAUAAAGAAAGAAUUGCCAACACAAACAACUACUACUCAAGGAUAUCAUAUUUCUAGUCUAGAAACCAAUCAUCAACCAAAUUUCGAACCCGACAUAUAUGUAAAGGAGGAUAUCACAUAUGAAGAAGACGAUAUACUAACGCCAACAGAUCAGUUGAGUCAUUUGGCAAAGAAUACAUUGUCUGUCAGUCCAACUGACUCGCGCUCUAUUAUGUUACAAGUGACCGAAAGAUCCCAGAGUAAGUUAAGACAAUCUAUCUCAUCUCAAACUCAUUUUCUGUUACCAAUGACAUUAGCAGCUUCAACUGCUGUAGUACAACCAAGUAUAGAAAGCACUCCAGAACAUUCUGGUACAACAGAAGUGUUGACUCAAGGACAAUUGGUUGUACGAUCAAACAUAAAAGAAGGUCUGUUAAUACCGUUGACUCAAGGACAAUCAGAUACAGGAAUUGACAUACAUGUAAAGGAAGAAAUGAAAGUAGAAGACGAUGAUAUUCUAAUGCCUAAAGUUUAUUUCAGUGAAUCCAGUGAUAAUAAAAUAACUGGUCAAGUCCAGGAAAGUAAUAAUGCAAUAACAUUUCACCAGUGUGCAAUAUGUAACAAGAUUUUUCAACAGUAUGCUGAUUUAGUAGACCACAAUAAAAUACAUGUUAAAGAAGAGAAAACUGAUGACACAGAUGAAGAGUGCGAUACAGUGGAGAAAUCUAAUAUUGAUACAUUACAGCAGUGUAAUUUUUGUGACAAAAACUUCCAAUCUUGCACAGAUUUAGAGAAACACCUUGAAGUCCAUGUACAGGAUAAAGCUUUGCAACCUGAUGGUGGUUUUCCUAAAGAUAAUGGACAGACAAUAGAAGAAGAUAUACUUUAUAAAUGUGAUGUUUGUGGUAAAUCAUUUAGUAAGCGUAGGUAUAGAUAUAAUCACAUGAAAAUCCAUACUGGGGGAAAACCUUUUAAAUGUGAUGUUUGUGGUAAGUCAUUUACACACAAAUACAAUCUAGAGGCACACAAGAAAAUUCAUACUGGUGAAAAACCCUAUAAAUGUGAUAUUUGUGGUAAAUCUUUUACCCAUAAAGGCAGUCUUCAGAGACACACCCCAUCACAUACUGGACAAAAACCUUUCAAAUGUGAUGUUUGCGGCAAAUCAUUUACCCGAAAUACGAUUCUUCAGGACCACAUGAGAACACAUACCGGAGAAAGACAAUUUAGAUGUGAUGUUUGUGGUAAAUCAUUCUAUGACAACAAUGGUUUAAAACGACACUUCAGAAUUCAUACCGGAGAGAAACGUUACGUAUGUGAUGUUUGUGGCAAGGCAUUUAUUCAAAGCGGCGCUCUUCGUGUCCAUCAGAAAACACAUUCAGAUUUGAAAUCACAUGAAUGUGAUAUUUGUGGUACAGUAUUCCGGAUGAAAGGAAAUCUGGAGAGACACAUGAAAUCACAUACUUAGUGCUGGAUAUUUAUAAUGAUGAUAAUAAGUGAUAUCUUUAAAGGGCAUUUAGUGAAAGUGAUAUACAAUAACAGAUAGCAUUAUGGAUAACAUUCACUAGGUUUAUUAAUGGUGAGAUUAUCCUCAUUGAAACUGUGCAGUUAAACACACAUUAUGUAAGAGCUAAAUCUGCCUAUUGUAGGUCUUUCUUUAGGCCUGAAAUUUUGUAUAAAUUAUUAGACAUUAACUCAUUUCUCAAUGCCAUUGGAUGCCUGUGAUAUUUAGUGGGUUCAAAUACGUUUUGUGGUGGAUGAAAUAAUCAUACGGCCGUGUAAAAUUGAUACCUUGUUUCUUCUCCCCUUGCUCAGGGUAAACCUAAGAGGGUGUGCAAUAAAGACAAACUUUUUCAAGGCCUUUACACUAUGAA